CUGUGCCCCACAGAUGUGGACAUUUUCCAAGAUGCUGUCUUUGCGUCAACCUUGCUUCUCAGGGACACUCCUGAUUCUUUUGGCAUCAAACCUCUUUUUGUGGGAGAAUGUGGCCUCUGUACCCAUGCAUGCCCGUUUGGCUGGAUAUCGUGAGAUGUAUCUAAAUGACCUGCUUGAUCAUGCCAUCAUACUAUCUCAUAAUGUCAGCGAGCUCAUUGCAGAAACGCACAGGAUAUUCCUCGAGGAUGUGCUAUAUAGACCAGGCAGGUGGUUCCCUGAAAGAGACCUUACUGCCUGCCACACAUCUACAUUGACUAUUUCAGUGUCUAAGGAGGGAGCCCAACAGAUGCCGGGUGUAUUCCUUGUGAAAGAGAUGAUCAGUAUGCUGGAAGCUUGGAUAUACCCUCUUCAUCAUGUAGCCACUGAACUGAGUCGUAUGGAGGAUACCCCUAAUGAGAUUAUAUCAAGAGCAAGAAACAUUGAAGAAAGAAUCAGAGCACUUAUAGAUGCUCUUAGAGGGAUACUUAUCAAGAUUCAGCCUGGAUCCCCCCAAAACGAGAGAUACCCUGUGUGGAAUGAACUGGCAUCCUUGCAGUCACCUGAUGAUGAAGUUCGCCAUUUUGCUUUGUUUAAAUUAUUCCAGUGCUUGGUCAAGGAUUCACGUAAGAUUAACUCUAGUCUUAGGCUACUGAAGUGUAAACUUGUCUAUAAUAGAAACUGUUAACCUCACAACCAUCCAAUUUACUUUUAGAGUGAUUGCUUUUAAUAUGUCUUGUUUAACCCAAUUUUUAAUUUGUAACUUUGAAUGAAUGUCUUUGUGUGUGUGUGUGAAGAACCCUUAAUUAGAAAUAAAAAAGGACUCUUUAAACA